AUGAGUUCACAAGCUUUUACAGAUGGCGAUGCCUUGGUGCAAGCACUGGGCGAUGUAAACGUUUCGCCCUUGUGGGCACAGAUGGCGCGUCUGAAUCCCGCUGCUCCUAAUCCAACUACAAGACCAUUUAUUUGGAGAUAUGAACAAAUUCGACCGUACCUCUUGAGUGCAGGGCAGCUCAUCAAGGAAGAACAAGCAGAGAGACGAGUUCUUAUGCUCGUGAACCCUGAAAGAACUGCUCCGUAUACAACCGAUACGUUAUACGCUGGGCUACAGCUGGUCAUGCCCUACGAAACAGCCCCGGCACAUCGACACUCAGCCUUUGCUGUACGUUUCAUUAUUGAGGGUCGGGGUGGCUUCACUGCAGUUCAAGGACAGCGUGUGGCGAUGAAUCCUCGCGAUGUCAUCAUCACGCCGACCUGGAAUUGGCAUGAUCAUGGUAAGAAGGGGGCUAAUGAAGAAGGAGGUGACGAUGAGCCUAUUAUUUGGCUCGAUGGUCUCGAUUUGCCUGAGUUUGUACACUUCCCAGUGCAUUUCAACGAGCACUAUUCGGAAUCGAGAUAUCCCGCCAAGGAUGUCCAAGAUUCUCCCAUUGUCUUUCCAUGGGCUGAAAUGCAGCGGCGCCUGGAUGAACAAAAGGGUGCAUGGGUUACAGCUCCGUAUCUCAAGAAGGACGGCAGCGAAUUGAGUCUAACUAUUGGGGUAUUGGCUGAGCGCCUAGAGGCAACCUCCCAGUCUCAGGAAGUUCGGGAGACGGCGUCUUCUGUCUAUCAUGUAAUUGAGGGUAGUGGGAGUACGAUCAUUAACGGAAAGAAGACUGAAUGGAAGCAAGGCGACACGUUUUGCAUUCCAGCUUGGAGCCAAUAUCAACACUCUGCCGAGUCUGACAGAGUCUAUCUGUAUCGCUUCGACGAUAAACCAAUGCUCAAGGCCCUAGGCAUGUACCGGGUAGAGGCUUAG